AUGACGGGAACUUUGGACUGCUUGACAAGUGCUCAGACCAAGCUGCUUGAAGAAUACAAAUUUCAGAACAAGACGUUUCUGCCCUCCACCUUUCAGAAGAAGCCAGCACAACAGGAAACGAUGGAAGUUGUCGUCGGAGAGUGGAACGAUUUCUUCCUGCAAGUCCGUCGAGACAUUGAACAAAAGCUGAUUUCUGGAAGAGCCAUACUUGUGAUUUUCAAAGACAUCAACUCUCUGCGAAGAUUUGCUGAAGAAUUGAACAAACAAAAACCAAACAUCAACCAGUAUCACGGGUUCCUCGAGCUCUUGGACGAGAUGAGCCCCGCUGAGCGACAAUCGAACAUUCAAAAGGCCAUCCGGCCCUUCACCGUAACUCUCAUGACAAGGGCCUACGGCAGAGGGACUGACUUUGUUUGCUUUGACAAAGCACUUGUCAAAUACGGAGGCGUGCACGUUUUGACAACUUUUCUUCCUGAGGAUGAGUCAGAAGAAAAGCAGAUCUUCGGUCGGACAUGCAGGCAAGAUGACCCAGGCUCU